ACUGGACUGGGCGAGCUCAGCAGCACAACAGCAAGCAGUGGCAGUGGCUGUCGUGAGAGUGUGAGACCCGGUGGACCAGACAGCAGGAGGACACGACACACGACACCGCACCGCAUUCCAGCAUAGUGGAGGAGGAGAGGAGGUUCCGUCUCGGCUAACAAGAGACGGGGAGAGUCCCCUUGGACUGCUGGACCACAAACGUCGGGGGGUCGUCGCAUUUAUUGGCGCAAGCCUGCGAAAGCGCAUGUCACAUCAACCACGACAGUAUCAGUCAGUGCCAGUAACAUGCCUUGCCAAGGUAAAAGUUGUGGAGGUGGUCCCGGCUACAAGUCGCCCUUGGAUGCCAUGAAAAAUGGUCCGAAAGAGAAGAUUCUGUAUGUGCCAUGCAUCCAGCCAGAGGGAGUGAAGGCAACAAAACCAGAUUAUCUCGCCACAAUUGAUGUUGAUCCGAAAAGCCCUACCUACUGUCAGGUAAUUCAUCGAUUGCAUAUGCCUGUGGCUGGUGAUGAGCUGCACCACUCAGGAUGGAAUGUAUGUUCCUCAUGCCAUGAUGACCCAAACCUGAAACGAGACCAUCUAGUUCUGCCAGGUUUUGGUAGUGAUAGAAUUUAUUUUGUUGAUGUUUCAAAUCCUACUGCUCCAAAGCAUGACAUGAUUGUUGAACCUGAAGAAAUGCACAAGUUUGGAGUUAGCACACCCCAUACAGCUCAUUGUCUGCCCAGUGGGCAUGUUAUGAUGUCUACUUUGGGUGACACCAAGGGUGAAGGUUUGGGUGAGUUUGUGCUGAUUGAUGCAAAGACAGCCAAAGUAUCUGGUUUAUGGACAAAAGGCAAACAAGCAAAAUUUGGCUAUGAUUUCUGGUAUCAACCCUAUUUUGACGUGAUGCUUUCUAGUGAGUGGGGUGCACCUCGCUGUUUUAUGAAUGGCCAUGAAGAGCAAUACAUCUACAACAAAGACACAUAUGGCCGCUCUGUAAAUGUAUUUUCUUGGUCUGAACAUCGCCUGCUUCAAACAAUUGACUUGGGGGAAGAGGGAGUUGCUCCUCUUGAAAUAAGAUUUUUACACAAUCCUCUGAAGCCCAUAGCAUUUGUUGGCUGUGCAGUCAACGCCAAUGUUUUUAGAAUCACUCGUAAAGAAGAUGGUACUUGGUUUGCUGAAAAUGCUAUUGACGUCCCUGCCAAAAAAGUUGAGGGUUGGGCUGGAAGUGAGAUGCAAGGCAUGAUAACUGAUAUAUUAAUUUCCCUUGAUGACCGAUUCCUGUACUUCAGUAAUUUCCUUCAUGGAGAUGUACGGCAAUAUGAUAUCAGUGAUCCAUUUAAUCCACGCCUCACUGGACAAGUAUUUUUGGGAGGAAGCAUUUACAAGGGAGGCCCAGUAAAAGUCAUUGAGGACAAGGAACUAAAAGAACAGCCUGAAUUUACCCACAUCAAAGGACGACCUCUUCAUGGGUCUCCUCAAAUGCUUCAGCUGAGUUUAGAUGGGAAGCGACUGUAUGUGAGCAGUGCACUUUUCUCCCCUUAUGACCGACAGUUCUAUCCAGAGCAUAUCAAAAAUGGGUCUUUCAUUGUGCAAUUGGAUGUGGAUGUUGAAAAUGGAGGUAUGAAAAUAAACCCAGACUUUCUGGUUGACUUUGGAUUGGAGCCUGAAGGCCCUGUUCUUGCUCACGAAAUGAGGUACCCGGGUGGUGAUUGCACAUCAGAUAUCUGGCUGGACAAUGGGGACAAGCAAUAAGUAAGGCAUCUAGCUAGAUUCAAACAACGGCUUAUUGUUUCAAAAUUUUUUCUGUGUUUUCAAGCAUUUGUUAUGUAUAUAUUCAUCAUAAUUUUAAUUAAUUUUUUAAACUUUUUAAAACAAGUUAUGUUAGAAUUCUAUCACAAUGUUUUUGUUAUUAAUUAUUUUUGAAAGAGACCUCGGUGUUAGGAGCGAACAGCAAAUGAAAAAAAAAAUAUUUGCCUGCUCUUCCACUUCUCAUGUUGACAGUGAAAUGAUAAGAUAGCAUAGAGGGGAAAGAUGUCAACAACCACAUUGUUUAUAAUAAUAAAAAAAUAGAGGCAUUUUA